GGACCAGGGAGGGACGGACCGAGCUCGGAGGAGACGCCCCCGCCGCCGUGUCAGCCAAUGGACGGACUACGAGCUAUUGACGGGCAGGUGCGGCGGGGAACGGGAAGGAGGACGGGUGUGGGUCGAGUGGCUGCGCGGUGCGAUCGGGCCGUGCUGGGCCAUGGCGGGCAGCAGGAAGGAAGUGGUGGAGUAUCUGGGCAAGGAAACUUCAGUAAAAGAAAAAGUGUUCAUCAAGAAUGUACUGAAACGCCUCUAUCCUGAGACUUCACCUUCUCCUGUGCAUGUUUUGAGUGGAAAAGAGGAGGCGGUUCUCAUAAAUCUGGGCUCAAAAUCCAAAAAGAAUGAUUUGGAAAAUGUUCAGGUUUUGUCAGCAGAUGCUGGUACAUCAAGUGGGACACUCAGCAAAUCAUCUCAAGGUAGUGACUCCACAAUUCCGCCUCCCAGGAGAGUGUACACUGUGAGUCCUCCUCCUGAGGGCUACGUUGCAGCUGUUGCAGAUACCGAUAACAUUACAGUUUCUGAAAACUCUGAGGGUAGUGCUGACUCUUCAGAUGAGGAACAUGAAGUACAGACCAAGAGAAAACGCAUUCGAAGAAAGAAACUGAAAAACAGUUUACAAGACUCUAAUAUUUUACAUGGAGAACAAGUAGAAUCUGGAAUGCAGGAGACUCUUGUUGAAGAUAAUUUACAGCUGCAGCAGAUAGACAGCUCCAAAAUCAGCAAAAACAAAAGGAGAAAAAUGAAAAAGAAGCGACAGAAAGAAAAAAUGAGAGCAGCCGGCUUGCUAACAAAAACUACUAGCGUGGAUUUUACAUAUCAGCCUGACAAAAACAACAGAGAAGGAGCAUCAGACUUAAAAGACACAGAUGAAAAGGCAGAUAGCAUUCUGGAUUUCUUGCAGGCAACACAGCAAAUUUAUUUUGCUGACAAUAAAUCAAAAUGCUCCGAUUCCACUGUAAAUUCAGCUGCUCAGGAGCUUUUACAGUGUCUUGAAUCUCGCAAUGUGUCUUCUUUAGAUGUAACUCUUUUACAUCAGAUGAAAUCCCUUGUAUUGCUACGGGAUAUUGACAGACUAAAGGAUGCUUUGAAACAAUUCCAAGAACAUUCCAUGAUGCCUCCUGGGACUGAAAUUCAACAAAGACUUAGAAAUAAUGGUUAUCCCUCUGCGGAGAAUGACACCUGGGUAUAUAAGGUUGCUGCAGACUCAAGCUGCAGGAAAAAUAGUCAUCAACUCAUCGGACAUAAUGCUGCAACGGGCAGCCUUGCUCCUGGGCGUGUUUGGGAUCAGUCUCUCCAGCUACAGCACACACCAGCUGGCUCAACAGAAGAGACUUUCCGUGACCCUUUAAGCUGUGCUGGGAUGUGACCUGAGAAGUAAAUGCUUGUGUCAGUAAUGCUGACGAGUAGCUUUUCUGUCUCCAUUGCUGGCGUGGAGGUAAUGAGACACGUUACAGCCUCAGCUUCUACACGCAGAGUUAAAAAGAUGAAAGGCUGAAGACUUCUUCAGGGAAGAAGAAAGGAUCGUGAUUAAUGGGAAUCAGAUUUCCAAGCACUUGUAAAUACAGUGCAUCUCGGUGGUCUCAUGAGGUCCCUCCGAAAUCUUUGCAGUUCCGUGGCUCUGUGGUUUUGUUUCUUAUCCAGCGUGUACAUAAAGAGACAUCCAAAUGUAUAUAAUAUGUUUAAAUCGGAGUAGAUGUAAACAGGUGGAUGAGGGUGCCGUGCUUAUAUAGUAUCUGCUUGAUCCAGCUUUUGCAGUACAAAGACUGGUUUUGAAAUGGAAAGUCGGAAACAAUACAUUCCUCAUGAUAAGAGUCAGACCAGAUGAAGGGAAUCUUUCACAGGCUGUUUGUACUUUUAUAUCGAACUAGAAAUACACAUCGAUGUAAGUUACAGGAUUCAUGUACUGUAGUCAUUAGUAUUGGAUCUUCAACUUUUUAAAAGCCUUUUGUAUAGAAAUCUGUGUGUGUUGUAGCACAUGCUGAUUUCUUUGUGCGACAGCAGAGACAGCUGAAGGCUCUGCCAUCAGUACACUGCUGGAAAGGAACCAUGACAGCAGUCCGGAUGACUUUGUAGUCCUGUACAGAAACCCUCUACUCUAGAAAGGAUCAGUAAAAAGUUUGGGUUGAGUUUUAUUUUGGAGUUCAACAUCUGAUUGUAUUCCUCUGCAGAAACCCCUCAUCUCAAAAUAUACAUGCUGUUUAAAAUAGAGAUUAACCUUCCUUCCUUUUCCCGUUUUCUUGUUCUUAUUACUCAAUAUAAUAGCUUAUUCAGGAAUGUUCUGUUACUGUCAGUUAGCAUUUUUCCAACUGUUUCCAAUGCUCCGUGUAAAUAUGGCUUUGUAGACUCUUCCAUGCAUAUGUUGCUGUUUGAAAUCCUUUGUUCUCACUUAAUAAAUGCGAAUGUAUUUUUUCAGUGAUUAAA